AUGGUGAUUCGAUCAUUGUUGAUAUCAGCUCUGUUGUUGGCUUGCAAGGCGCCAUGGCGAACGGCAGCAUGGGAUCCCACUUGGGAAUCUCUGGAUUCUAGGCCACUUCCCGCUUGGUAUGAUGAAGCCAAGUUUGGUAUCUUUAUUCACUGGGGAGUCUUCUCGGUCCCGGCUUUUGAUACAGAAUGGUUCUGGUGGGUUUGGAAGGGCGGAUACGAUGGACCUGUCAAGCCCAGCUUUCAAAAGUUUGUGGAAGAAAGUGAAGUCAAAAACUUUGCCUAUCAGGAUUAUGCCCAUCGCUUCACGGCACAGCUCUGGAACCCUGACGAAUGGGCCAAAAUCUUCAAACGCGCAGGGGCACAGUACGUGGUACUCACCAGCAAACAUCAUGAAGGAUUCUGCAAUUGGGAUUCUCGCAAUCUGCAUCAUACAUGGAAUUGGAAUGCCAUGGAUGUGGGACCACGACGAGAUCUUGUCGGAGAUCUGGCCAAGGCAGUCAAGAACACGACCAGUUCGCACACCAACCAAAAGCUGCAUUUUGGACUCUAUCAUUCCUUGUUUGAAUGGUUCAAUCCAUUGUAUAUCGAAGACAUGAAAAACAACUUUACCACCCAAAACUUUGCAAAGCACAAGUCCAUUCCUGAAAUGUACGAUCUGGUCAAAAAGUACGAACCAGAAAUCAUCUGGUCCGAUGGCUACGGAGGAGGCCAUUCGGACUAUUGGAAUGUCACAGAGUUUCUAGCGUGGUAUGCCACCAACUCUACCGUGAACCAAACAGCUGUUUGGAACGAUCGGUGGGGGAGAGAUGCCAUGUGCAAGCACGGCUCCUUCCGAACUUGCCAUGACAAGUUCAGGCCCUCAAAUUUGACAGAGUUCAAGUUUGAGAACUGUUACACAAUAGACAGAGGUUCAUGGGGUUACAACCGAAUGGCAGGCUACGAUGCCUAUGAGACGACAGCGGACUUGAUACACUUAUUGAUUGAGACUGUAGCUUUCAAUGGUAAUUUGCUCUUGAAUGUAGGCCCUCGAGCGGAUGGAACAAUGCCACCCAUCUUUGUCGACCGAUUAGUGGGGAUGGGAGAUUGGCUUGAGGUGAAUGGCGAGGCAAUCUACAAAUCGAAACCUUGGAACGUAUGCCAAAACGAAACGGCCUCCACAGAUGUAUUUUACACGACAACAGUGGAUGCAAAGACAGGAGACAAAACUCUCUUCGCGAUGAUAAGGUCGUGGCCAGAAGAUGAUAAGCUACGUUUGGCCUGUCCAGAGACUACCAACCACACUCAAGCUCGGAUGCUGGGCGUGACUAAGGAAGUAGCAUGGUCGGCGGCGACAGAGAAGGUUGACAGUGGUAACGCGGCUUCAAGCACCGCCCGAGAACUUCAAGGCAAAACGAAGACGAAGACACAGAAACCUGGAAUGGAGCUUGACCUACCACCGUUGAAUCCAGCCACUAUCCCUUGCCAACAUGCCUGGGUUGUAGCUCUCACAGGUCUGAAAAACCUUUGA